GUUUACAUGCAAGGCCAGGAUCAUUCUUCUCUUUUCACAGAUUCUUGCAACCCAAUGUCAUGACUUUACGCAAGUUUAAUCGAACUUCACUUGGCGAAUAUUGAUUUCUGUCCUGAACGAUUGUCUGCCUGGACCAUAUCGCAACGUGUUCCCUCCAUUAGACCACCGAUAAAGCUUGAGAAGGCGAUACUCGAAUUCGCCAACACAACUUCGUUUCUCUUUUGGAGACCACUUACCUACAAUAUUGCGCGCUGCUUAUAAGCCCGAGUAUCGCAGGUUUAGAUAAAGAUCAAAAGCAUCAUGGCCACACCACAGGACGGGUAUCCCCCUCAAGGCUAUCCUACAGAACAAUACGAGCCGAACUCAGAGCAACCAGGAUUUGGUGCGCCAACUUCACCACCACCUCCAGUUGCCCCCGAAGGACACGAAACGGGGAAAAAAAAGAAAAGAGGAUAUGCUGCGCAAGCUUAUGACUUCGGAGCGGGAGGCAAUGCAGCAUUAGGUGGCCAGAUGCAAGGCGGGGGGCAAUUCCAACCUGCUGCAGCAGCUCCAGCAUAUGGCGGGUACGCUACACCACAAGAACCGCAAGCUGGAUAUGGACAGCCGCAAUACGGAGCUCAAGUUGGAGGGCCUGCGCCAGGAGCACCUGCCCCAGGUUAUGGAGGAUCUCCCGCACCAUACGGCGGUGUGGGCUAUCAAGCUCCAGAUCCUGGAUAUCCAGGUCCAGGAGCGCCUUCUGUGGGUGGUGUCCCAGGAAUUACUCAAGGAAUCAGUCACAUGGGAAUGGGAGGUCAACCGCCGCAGGUGCCACAAUCAGGACAGGGUCAACCAGCAGCGGCUGCCAGACCAGCUGUCUUGAAUCAAUUAUACCCUACAGACCUUCUCAAUGCACCAUUCAAUGUUGCUGAGCUGGAUCUCCCACCUCCACCUAUUAUUCUGCCAGCAAAUUCAAGUGUAACUCCUUCUCCGGAUGCCAACUGUCCUCCCAAAUAUGUUCGCUCUACACUAAAUGCUAUCCCCACAACACAUUCACUGUUGAAGAAGUCGAAGCUUCCUUUUGCCCUCGUCAUUCAGCCAUAUACUUCUCUUCACGAUGUGGAUGAUCCAGUUCCUAUUGUCCAAGAUCAAGUCAUCUCUCGUUGCCGAAGAUGUCGGUCCUACAUUAACCCUUACGUCACAUUUCUCGAUCACGGUCACAGGUGGAGGUGUAAUAUGUGCAACCUCACAAACGACGUUCCUCAGGCCUUCGACUGGGAUGCGGCAACGCAAAAGAGUGUAGAUCGAUGGCAGAGGCCAGAGCUCAAUCAUGCAGUUGUCGAAUUUGUUGCACCACAAGAAUACAUGGUCCGACCUCCUCAACCCCUCGUCUACCUUUUCCUGUUUGAUGUGAGCUAUGCAGCAGUCUCUUGUGGCUUGCUCGCUACGGCAGCUCGAACAAUCCUGGACAGCCUCAACCGAAUACCUAAUGCGGAUAGGAGAACUCGUGUCGGAUUUAUGGCUGUUGAUUCCAGCUUGCAUUACUUCGCUGUCCCCAAGGACACCGAAGAGAGCGGCGAGACUCAAAUGUUGGUUGUCAGCGAUCUAGACGAGCCAUUCCUACCUAUUCCCCAGGAAUUAUUAGUACCUUUGUCCGAAAGCCGAUUGAGCGUUGAAAGAUUUUUGACCGCGCUUCCCACGAUGUUCCAAAACAAUCAAAGCAAUGGCUCAUGCAUGGGCUCUGCUUUGCGGGCUGGUCACAAGCUUAUCUCGCCUCUUGGUGGCAAGAUCACUGUCAUCUCUGCUUCACUGCCCAAUGUUGGAUAUGGCAAACUUGAGAUGCGUGAGGACAAGAAAUUACUCGGUACUUCGAAGGAAAGCAGUCUACUACAGACUGGCAACAGUUUCUAUAAGAGUUUCGCUGUGGAGUGUUCCAAGAACCAGGUUUCGAUCGACAUGUUCCUGUUCUCGUCACAAUACCAAGAUGUAGCAUCACUUAGCAACCUUCCGAGAUACACAGGUGGUCAAACUUACUUCUACCCUGGCUGGAAUGCAGGCCGAAGCGAGGACGCAAUAAAGUUUGCCACAGAGUUCAGCGACUACUUGUCUGCUGAGAUUGGGCUUGAGGCUGUCCUUCGUGUUCGUGCUACCUCUGGUCUCCGAAUGAGCACCUUCUAUGGUAACUUCUUCAAUCGAAGCUCAGAUCUCUGCGCGUUCCCUGCUUUUCCUCGCGAUCAGAGUUAUGUCGUUGAGGUCGCCAUUGAUGAGAGCUUAACCAAGAAUAUUGUUUGCAUGCAAGCCGCCGUCCUUCAUACCACCAGCAAUGGCGAACGACGGAUUAGAGUUAUGACACUUGCUCUUCCAACCACGACCAACUUGGCCGACCUCUAUGCAUCAGCUGACCAAUGUGCCAUCACAACUUUCUUCAGUCACAAGGCAGUUGAGCGGGCGCUUAGCAGUGGUCUUGAACCUGCACGCGAAGCUCUUCAAUCGAAACUUAUCGAGCUUCUGCAGACCUUCAAGAAAGAACUUGCUGGUGGUAAUAUGGGUGGUGGUGGACUUCAGUUCCCAGCAAACUUGCGUGGCCUGCCAGUUCUCUUCCUUGGUCUUAUCAAGAACGUUGGACUGCGGAAAUCUGCUCAGAUCCCUUCAGAUCUUCGAUCAGCCGCGUUAUGUCAGCUCUCGACCUUGCCUCUUCCCCUCCUGAUGCAAUACAUCUACCCUCGCUUGUAUUCGUUACACGAUAUGCCUGACAAUGCUGGUAUUCCGGAUCCCGAGACCAGUCAAAUUGUCCUCCCUCCACCUCUCAAUCUCUCGUCCGAGCGUCUCGUACCGUAUGGUCUUUAUCUAAUCGAUGACGGGCAAACUCAAUUCCUCUGGGUUGGUCGGGAUGCAGUUCCACAAUUGCUUGCUGAUGUGUUUGAUGUUACCGAUCGAAGCAAGCUCCAGGUUGGCAAGAGCACAUUACCAGAAUUAGACAACGAUUUCAGCGAACGCGUCCGUGCAGUCUUCCAGAAGAGUAGGGAUUAUAGAUCCCGCGGAGUAGGUAGCAUAGUGGUGCCUCACCUUUAUGUCAUCCGGGAAGACGGAGACCCCAGCUUGAAGCUGUGGGCACAAACUUUGUUGGUAGAAGAUCGGGCAGACCAGGGAAUGAGCUUCCAGCAAUGGAUGGGCACGUUGAGGGAGAAGGUCGUGCAAUGAAAAUAGUCAUGCUAAAUCAAGCAAAUGCAUCAAUUGUAGUACCAUACUCGAUAGAAAACAUACCAUAGGUAGUUAAGCAGCGACGUCGCAGUUGCAAUAUACGUCUUCUUGACGCU